AUGAUUCCAUCGUUAAGAUAUCUUACUAUAUUAUUUAUUUCUAUAUAUUUAUAUAUUGUUAUUAUUGAAUCAGCACCAACUGUACUUACAACAUGUAGUCCAGAAGAAUUUCAAUGUAAUGAUGGUGGUUGUAUACCAUUAGAUUCAUUUGGAAAUGGUAAAAAAGAAUGUGCUGAUGGAUCUGAUGAACAAGGUGAAGAACCUAGUCCUUCUUCAAUACCAGUUACUGAAAGAAUACAAAAUAAUCCAAUUCAUGAAAAGGCAAUUGAAGAUGAUAAUAAAUCAUCUCAAAAAAAUUUAGAUGAUCCAUUUGAUAAUAUAGCUACAUUACAACCAAAUGUUGAUGAGACAAAUAUUGAAAUACCUAAAUCAAAAAUUUUAGAUAAAAAACUAUGUACAGAUGAUGGUAAAAAUCGUCGUAAAGAAUGUACUUCAAAUCUUAAAUUAUGGUAUAAUGAUAUUGAUAAUAUUGACUUUUUAAAUAUUUCUAUUCUUAAUGACUUUAAUUCUGUUGAUCUUUUACAACAAGGUUGUGAAAUGUUAUCUCAGUAUCGUAAUUGUAUGGGUGAAUUUGUUGAAAAUUGCCAUUUACCAAAAAAACUUAAAGAAUGGUCUGAUCUUGAGAUGUAUGCAUGUCAACUUUUACUUCCAGCUGCUCGUGAACAUGGUAAUGGAUGUUUCUCACUUGUAAGAAAUAGUCAAUGUCCGGUAGAUAACGUUAUCUCAACAUUGACCUCGCCAUUUUGUCGUCUUGUACGUGCUACUGCAGGUGACCUUGAUUGUAUUGAAAGUAGUAAGACUGAUGAAAAAUGCAGUGAAUUGGCUGUAGAGUUGUUGGGACCUUUAAAAAGUGAGACUGAUCAUAUGAUGAUGGAAUCAUUAAUAUGUGAAACAAUUGAAGAUGCACAAAAUAAGGGGGAUAAAAAUGAUGAUGAGUAUGAUGAUGGUAGUAGUAGUAUUACAACAACUGAUAACGACAAUAGUAAUAUAACAGAAGAACCAAAGAAAGAAAUUAUACCAAAAGUUGUAGAAAAAGAAGAAAAAAUUUUAGAUGUAUCUAAUUUACAAGAUAAACAGACAACUAAUACUGAAGUAUCAAAAAUUGACGAUGAACCUUUAUUGUCUUCUGUCAACAUAUUAGAUGUAUUAACUUUUUUCACAAAUUUGGAAGAAGUAUGUUCUGAAGAAAAAAAAGAUGAUCAAUUUUUACCAUUAAAAUCUAAUGUUUGUCAAAAUAAAACUAAACUUAAACAACAUUCUGAAUGUUUUAUUAAGACAAAAAAUAUUGUAAAUUGUCCUACAAAAUCACCACUUGAUGUUAUAACUAAAUGUGAUGCUAUUGAUGCUUUCAAUUCAAAUAUUGAUUGCCUCAUAACAACAUUAAAUGAAGAAUGUUCUGUUGAGGAACAAGAAAUUGUUGUUGGUAUUCAAGAGAAAAUUAAUGAUGAUGCAAUUGUAUUACAAUGUUACAAAAAAGAAGAACCACAAAAUAAUACUGAAUCUAUAUCAAAUGAUGGUUUCAAUUUAACACCAAAAAAUACAAGAUGUACCUCAAAUCAAGAAAAUUCAGCUCUCGUAUGCUUGGUAGAAUUAGUUGAAUUGAAUAAACAAAUGACUAGUUUUGCUAGUUUCAAUUUCCUUUUAGAAGUUAGUAAUAUUGAUUCAGUUUUUGUAAAUAAUAUUUGUGAAUUAUAUGAUAAAUAUGAAAAAUGUCUUGGAGAGACAGUAUUUUCACAAAAUGAAGGAAAACGAUGUGCAUUUAAUUCUCCUCUUAAUUCACUUGCUAGAAUUGGAUUAUCUCCAAUUUGUAAUUCUGAAAAUAGGAACAAACUUUCAGAAGCAAGAGAAUGUAUAGAAACUAUUGGUACUUUAAAUCAAGGAAAUUUUUCAUGUAAAAAUAAUGGAUUACAAAAUAUGGGAAAUGCAGUUCAAAUGAUGUUACAGGGUAUACAUGGUGAAGCAUUACUUUGUAAAGUUUUUUAUGGUAUUCGAUCAGCAUUUGAAUGUGGUGAGAUAGUUAUAAAAGAUAAAUGUUCACCUGAAGCAUAUAAAAAUUUAAAUGAAUUAAAAAUUGAUUUUGAAAAUAUUGGUAUUGAAGAAGGUUGCCCCUCUGAAAUGCCAUCUAAUUUAGAUGAAAUUAUAGCUACACCAGUUAAACCAACAUUACUUCAAUCUACUUCUAAAAAGAAUCAAAAAAAUUCUACUCCAUUAAUUGUAAGUCCUGUAUGUAUUCCAGAAGAACAAAGAAAAUUCCAAGUAUGUGUACAAAAUUUAACAUCAUAUCAACCACAUCCAUUAGCUGUUAUUAAAACACCAAGACAAAUUGAUGAAGCAUGUCUUACAUAUAAAGAUUUUAAAGAUUGUUCAAAAGAUGUCAAAUGUAAUCCAUUAUGGGUACAAGGAAUGUCAGCUAUGUUUGAAUAUGCUUGUGGUAAAGGAUAUGAUCAAUAUCAAAAUAUUAAAUCAUGUAUUAGAAAAACUACAACAAGAAAUGAUAUACGUGAAUGUGUAACAACUUUCUCAAAAGGUGCACCAUCAGAAGCAUGUACUUCUUCAAAAGCCUUACUUCAAUGUUCUGCUGAUAUAAUUCGUGACAAGUGUGGUGAGACAGCUAAAACAUGGGUAAAUGAAUAUGUUCAAAGAUUUGCUUCUGCUAUUGAUCCAUCAUGUAAAUUAGAAGGACCAAUAUUUACAACAACUAUUCAAUCAAUUAAUUGUUCACCAGCUGAAAAACAAAUUAUUAAUACAUGUGCUGCACCACUUAAUGAUAUUAGUAGUCGUUUAGAUGAAUUAUUUGAAGGUGGUUUUCAAACAUUUAUGAAAAAUGUUAAUAAUCUUGCACCAGUAUUUGCUCAAGGAUGUAAUUUAACUGCUGAAUUCAGAACAUGUAUUGCACCAAUUUAUGCAACACCAACAGAAUGUGUUGCUUCAUCAUGUCUUAUUAGAGCUGGAAGUGGAAUUUGUAAUAGAGAAGAUGUCUCUGCUGCAAUUGAUGAAAAUUUAAAUUGUGUAUUUAGUAAUGCUGGUGAUCCUAAUUUUGCUAAAUGUCUUAGAACUGUAAUUGCUUCUGUAAAAGAUUUUAAUAUAAAUACAUUAAGAGCAAUAUUACCUAAAUUUGUUGAAUGUGUUGAACCAAUGGUAUUAGAAAAAUGUGGUCCUGUUCCAUUGAAUGUUCUUAAAUCAUUUGGUACAACAGAUGUAUGUCCAGUUGAAUUGUCACCAUUUAAUACUAUGGAAACAACUAAACCAAUAUCACCAAUAACAGGUUCAGUUUGUGAUUCAGAAACUGCUACAAGAUAUGAUGUUUGUAAAAAAGAUUUUUAUAGAAAUUAUAGAUUUAUACCAGUACAAUUAGUUUCAAAUGUUAAUGAUACUACAAAAAUGUGUCAAGAAGUAUUACAACUUAGUCAAUGUAUUGAAGUAGAAAAUGUUGGUAUAUGUGAAACUAAAUCACACAAAGCUUUAAAAAAUCUUAUAGUAUCUAUUUGUAAACAUGAAAAUAUAUACAAAAAUCAUUCACAAUGUUUAUCUAAUGUUGUUUCUAGUAAUGAAGGAGUAAAAUGUUUAGAAUCAUACUUUAAUAAACAACCUAAAUCUGAAGAUGAAAUGUGUAAAUUGAUUCAAGAUUCAUCACAAUGUCUUUCCAAACCUGUAUAUGAAAAUUGUGGAUCAGAAGUAAUUAACUUUGCCUAUGACACAAUUAAUUCAUAUACACAAAAUUUCAAUAACGCAUGCCAUAUUGCUUCACCAUCAAUAUCUUUACAAACUGGAUGUUCCGAAGAAGAUCUUAUUGCAUAUCUUCAAUGUGAAGCUAUUAUUGACAAAUAUCAUUAUAUACCUAUUGCUGUAUUACCUGAUAAUACAAAGUUAGGAGAAUUUUGUAAUUUUGGUAGAAAAAGUUAUACAACAUGUCUUGAUAAUCUUAAAUGUAAAUUUGAACCUGCUACAACAGCUUCACUUACACUAUUUGAUAAUCUUUGUGGUACAUUUAAUGAAGAACAAAUAAAAUAUGGAGAUUGUAUUGCAUCAAUAUUUAAUUCAUUUGAUGGAAAAAAUUGUCUUCAACCAAUUACUGCUUUAGAUGUAUUAUCUAAAGAAGGAUACAAAGAUAUUUGUCAUAGUAUGACACAAGCAUUUGAAUGUGCUGCACCAUUAAUAGAAGACAAAUGUAAAUAUGAAGCUGUUUUACAUUCAGCAUCAUUAUAUGAAAAUUAUCUUAAAAAGUUUGAUGGUAAAUGUAGUUUAGAAAGUAUUAAAGCAACAAGAAAUUUCAACACUACCGAAUCUGAUAUCUCAAUAAUUAAAGUAACAACUUCAGAACCAUCUAAAGAAAUAGUUACUGAAACAACUAUUGCAGAGGAUUCUCUUACUACAGCAUCUCUAACAACUACUGUAAAAACUUCAAAAGAAAAUAGUGCUUCUGUUAAUUCAGCAGUAUCAUUUACUUUGUUCUCGGUUAUCAUCUCAGCCAUACUUUUUUUCUAA